GCAGUGGGUGGUUAUAACCCAGGCCGGGCGCCCGGAGCCGAGGAGGAGGUGGCGGCAGGACAGCGCAGGCCUGAGAAGUCUGCGGCUGAGCUGGGAGCUGGCUCCCCACCCCCUACCUGGGGGACGUGUGCAGUCCAACUGGAGGGCGUCGGAUGUCGACUCCCCUGAACUCCAUAGUCCCUAGGUGCAGUGGCCAUGGCUACAGCAGGACCCUCUUGGAAGUGGAUGGUCUGUGCCCUGAUCACAGUCCUGAUUCUGGGGGUGACAGCGUCGGUUCUUGCAAAUGAUGAUUCCUGCAACAACCCCUCUACCACCGGGACCUCCGGGAGCACCCAGGACCUUGGAGCUGAGGCCACCGACGACACCCGGGCGAAUGACAGCAGCGGCAGCCGCAUCAUCAAUGGGUCCGACUGCCAGAUUAAGGAUGAGCCUUGGCAGGGCGCGCUGCUGCUGAAGCCCAACCAGCUGUACUGCGGGGCCGUGCUGGUGAACCCGCAGUGGCUGCUCACCGCCGCCCACUGCUGGAAGAAAUUGUUCAAAAUCCGUCUUGGCCACUAUUCCGUGUCACCCAAUUAUGAGUCUGGCCAGCAGCUGUUCCGGGGGGUCAGAUCCAUCCCCCACCCUGGCUACUCCUACCCCGGCCACUCCAAUGAUCUGAUGCUCGUCAAACUGAAUAGAAGAAUCCGUGAGACUGAGAAUGUCAAGCCCAUUAACAUCUCCUCCCAUUGUCCAGUCGCGGGGACCCGCUGCACGGUAUCCGGCUGGGGGACAGUCAGCAGCCCCAAUGUUAACUUCCCUAAGGUCCUCCAGUGCUUAAACAUCACUGUGCUCAGCGACAGCAAGUGCAGGGAGGCCUACCCAAGACAGAUAGAUGCCACCAUGUUCUGUGCUGGCGACGAAGCCGGCAGAGACUCCUGCCAGGGUGAUUCUGGGGGCCCCGUGGUCUGCAAUGGCAAACUACAGGGCCUCGUGUCCUGGGGAGAUUUUCCCUGUGCUCAGCCCAACAGACCCGGCGUCUACACCAACCUCUGCCGGUUCACCAAGUGGAUCCAUGACACCAUCCAGUCCAACUCAUGAGUCCUACCAGGGCCCAGCAUUCUAGUGUCCCCCACCCCUGCAAGUCCCCAGUCCUGCAGGGACAUGACACUCCUUCCAGACCCCCAUUCCUUCCCAAGGAUUUUGAGGAUUUUAACUUAUAGCCCCCCAAGUCUCCUGGAAUCAUGGUCCCCCUUCCCUAACAGUGAACUGAAUCCAAAUCUCCAGCUG